UCCAUACCUGCAACUCACCUUAAACCUUAAUCCAUAAUCCUGGUAUGCAGCGAGGCUGAAGGUAUCAAAGCUUCCAAACACGCGCAACAAACACAAACCCAAUGCAUGCAACUCACGCCCAUGAGUGACUGACGUUCAAAUUUUACCUCAACUCGAUUUGAACACGGCCGGGACUCAGACAGCCCGCAGCCAAUUCAGGUCGAGACCGGCUCUGAAUUCAUAGCUUGGUUCCCGGACGGCCACGUCUGACCUACAGUACAACCCAUCCGAGUCCCCGACUGCCGACCCGAGUCCCAACCAUGGCCCUGGCUUACGACGGGCGCGACCACACCGACAGGGGAUCUGGGUUUGGCGGAGGCCACGGGGGCGGACAUGGCGGACACGACGGGCCUCCGCCGCCCAGGGCAAGAGGAAGACGCCCUGUCACCGACUAUGGCGCAACCAUCGUCCACUGGAUGCGCCACCGCCAGCCGCGCUACAAGGGGUCGUAUGUCGGCGAGACCGAGCGGCCCAGCAUCAGCUACAUCGUCGAUAUGCUGCCCCCGCACGCCCGGGUGACCAGCCCGGCCGACUCGGUGCCUUCGCGCCACCUGCAUUCGUCUCUCAACAAGAUCAAGCACCCCAUCAACGUGGUGCGCUGGACGCCCGAGGGCAGGAGGUUGUUGACGGCUUCUAGCAGCGGAGAGUUCACGCUGUGGAACGGCACCGGCUUCAACUUCGAGACCAUCAUGCAGGCGCACGACUCGGCCAUCCGCGCGCUCGCAUACUCGCACAGCGACGACUGGCUGGUCUCGGCCGACCACGACGGCGUCAUCAAGUACUGGCAGCCCAACUUCAACAAUGUCGAGAGCAUCCGCGGCCACACCGACCCGGUCCGCGACCUGGCCUUCAGCCCCACCGACGUCAAGUUCGUCACGGCUUCGGACGACUCGACGCUGCGGAUAUUCGACUUUGCUGCCGGCGCCGCCGAGUCGACCCUGACGGGCCACGGCUGGGACGCCAAGAGCUGCGACUGGCACCCCACCAAGGGCCUCAUCGUCUCGGGCUCCAAGGACCACCUGGUCAAGCUCUGGGACCCGAGGACGGGCCGCUGUCUGACGACGCUCCACGGCCACAAAAACACCAUCACGAAGACACUGUUCGAGAGAGUCCGCGGGCACUGCCUCGCCACGUCGGCCCGCGACCAGACCGCCCGCGUGUUCGACCUCCGCAUGAUGCGCGACAUCUGCCUCCUGCGGGGCCACGAGAAGGACAUCUCGACGCUCACCUGGCACCCGGUCCACUCCAACCUCCUCAGCACCGGCGGCUCCGACGGCUCCCUCUUCCACUACCUCCUCGACGAGCCCAACACGCCGGCCGGCCACUCCACCUCGGUCGCGCCCUACGACAGCGCCGAUCCGGCCUCGGCGCCCGCGCAGGCCAUCUACCCGGCCCACAAGAUCCCGUACGCGCACGACUUCGCCAUCUGGUCGCUCGACUGGCACCCGCUCGGCCACAUCCUCGCGUCGGGCUCCAACGACCGCAUCACGCGCUUCUGGGCCCGCGCCCGGCCGGGCGAGGCCGACAGCUUCAACGACCGCUACCACAUAGGCGAGGCGGCCGCCGAGGCCCAGGGCACCUGGGACCGGCGCGGCCACCGGCACAUGCGGCAGGUCGAGGAGGAGCAGGAGCUCGAGGACGAGAUGGACGGCCUGGUCGACCAGAAGAUGCCGCCCAAGCAGGCCGGCCCGCUCCCGGGUCUGCUCCCGGGCAUCCCGGGCCUCCCCCUCUCGCUGCCCCAACAACAACAACACCAACAACCACAACAACAACAACCAGGUGGAGGAGGAGGAGGAGGAAGCCAACCACAGCCCGGUACCCUACCGGGCCUCGUCCCCCCGCCUCCACCACCACCGAUCCCGGGCUUCCCCCUCCCGCCGGGCGCCAUCCCGCCCCCACCGCCUCCCCUCCCAGGCGUCGACCCGAAGGCCCCGCCCCCGGACUUCGCCGCCAUCGCCGAGAUGAUGAAGAAGCAGGGCAUCACGCUGCCGCCGCCCCCGCCCCCGCCGGGCGUGCUGCCCCCGGGCCUGAUCCCCCCGCCGCCCCCGCCGCACGGGUUUCCGCUGCCGCAUGGAUUCCCGCCACCGCCGCCGCAGAUGGCGGCUGCUGCUGCUGCUGCUGCGGCUGCCGCCGCGGCGGCGGCGGCUGCCCAGCAAGGUGGGCAGGGUGGCGAUCAGCAGCAGCAGCAGCAGCAGCAGCAGGGUGAUGCCGCUGGUGCUGGUGGUAAUGGUGGUGGUGGUGGCGGGGUGCGAAGGAGGGCGCCGCUGCCGAGUCAGGAGGAGAGCUUGCGGAUGGAGCAGAGUAAGGGGCAUUACACGCGCGCGAGGUAGCCCGAGGGUUCGGGUUGGGGGGUAAGCGUGCUGGGUAUGGGGUUGGUUGGUUGGCGGGAUAAUGGGCGUAAGUUGCUGGGAGCUGAGUGGGGGU